AUGGAUAUAGCAACAGGUCCCGAGUCGCUGGAGAGGUGCUUCCCCCGUGGGCAGACGGACUGCGCCAAGAUGCUGGACGGCAUCAAGAUGGAGGAGCACGCCCUGCGCCCCGGGCCCGCCACUCUGGGGGUGCUGCUGGGCUCCGACUGCCCGCAUCCCGCCGUCUGCGAGGGCUGCCAGCGGCCCAUCUCUGACCGCUUCCUGAUGCGAGUCAACGAGUCCUCCUGGCACGAGGAGUGUUUGCAGUGCGCUGCGUGUCAGCAAGCCCUCACCACCAGCUGCUACUUCCGGGAUCGGAAACUGUACUGCAAACAAGACUACCAACAGCUCUUCGCAGCCAAGUGCAGCGGCUGCAUGGAGAAGAUAGCCCCCACGGAGUUCGUGAUGCGGGCGCUGGAAUGCGUGUACCACCUGGGCUGCUUCUGCUGCUGCGUGUGUGAACGGCAACUACGCAAGGGCGACGAGUUUGUGCUCAAGGAGGGCCAGCUGCUGUGCAAGGGUGACUACGAGAAGGAAAAGGACCUGCUGAGCUCCGUGAGUCCCGACGAGUCCGACUCUGUGAAGAGCGAGGAUGAGGAUGGGGACAUGAAGCCAGCCAAGGGCCAGGGCAGCCAGAGUAAGGGCAGUGGGGACGACGGGAAGGACCCCCGGAGGCCCAAGCGACCCCGGACCAUCCUCACCACGCAGCAGCGAAGAGCCUUCAAGGCCUCCUUUGAGGUGUCCUCCAAGCCCUGCCGAAAGGUCCGAGAGACGCUGGCAGCAGAGACUGGCCUCAGCGUGCGCGUGGUCCAGGUCUGGUUUCAGAACCAAAGAGCCAAGAUGAAGAAGUUGGCACGGCGGCACCAGCAGCAGCAGGAGCAGCAGAACUCCCAGCGGCUGGGCCAAGAGGUCCUGUCGAGUCGCAUGGAGGGCAUGAUGGCCUCCUACACGCCACUGGCCCCACCGCAACAGCAGAUCGUGGCCAUGGAGCAGAGUCCCUACGGCAGCAGCGACCCCUUCCAGCAGGGCCUCACGCCGCCCCAAAUGCCAGGUGACCACAUGAACCCCUAUGGGAAUGACUCCAUCUUCCACGACAUCGACAGCGAUACCUCCUUAACCAGCCUCAGCGACUGCUUCCUCGGCUCCUCGGAUGUGGGCUCCCUGCAGGCCCGCGUGGGCAACCCCAUCGACCGGCUCUACUCCAUGCAGAGUUCCUACUUCGCCUCCUGAGAGCCAGCCGGCCGCAUGGACGCUUGGGCCAGGGUCCUGGGGUGGGCCUGCGGCCGCCGCGACCACCCCACCACCCGCACAGACUCUACACACAGCCAUACGGUGCCCUUCCCCUGGGCUGGCCGGGCAGGCAGAUGGGCGCAGCCUGGGCAGGGCUGUGUCCUGCCCACAGAGACCGUGUCACCCCAGGGGCCCAGAGUCUUGGAAAGCCACUCGCCUCCCAGUCCCACCUCGGCCUCCAUCUCCUCCUUCUCCCUGCCCAUCUCUUUUUUGGGAAGCUUAAAUUCUCUCUAUUUUUUUAAACGUCUUCUCUGUGUCCAGCCAACCUCCAUGGGUGGGGCCUAGGCCCAGGCGGGGGCCCCCCGUGCAUGCCCCCAGGAGAUGAUGUUGCGUGAGGUGCCUGUUAGCUAGAGAAGCGUGGGUCCCUGUCCGGGGGGCCGGUGCCCACCUCCCCCACCUCCGAGGGCGGGCCCACCAGUCUGGGUUCACCUGUCCCAGCCCGAAUCUGGAAUAGAAGUGGGGAAGAGCCUGGCAGGUGUACCAAGCCCAUCUCGGGCUCUGCCCUGAGGGCAGUCCCUGGGGAAGGUAGACUGAGCCUCACUUGCAAACGCACGCACACUCGCACACUCGAAGGCAACCUGGGUGGAUACGCACACAGAUACAGAGACCAGCUGAAGAGGCACAGAGGCGCUGUGUGGGCCAGCCCUGCCGUGCCAGGAAGGGGAAAGAGGCCAGACGGGGCAGGGACCCCCUCUGCUUACAGCAACAGGAGAGAAGGAAGGAGGGGAAGGAAGGAGGAGAGAGUUUGAGGCUUGAAACACGGGGACCCAGGUGUAUCCUGGCAUCAGCCUAAACAGGUGCUGCCUGAGCAGGCAGGGCAGACACAGAUCCCCCAGAACCAGGUAGGACAAAGGGCAGAACUUCCAGGUGGAAAGGAGCCUCACAGGUCACCUAUUCGGCACAUCAUCUGGACUUUGGCUCCCUCUGCCUCUCCUCACAUACCUCCAGCAGGGCGAGGAGGCCGCCGCUUCACCGGGCCCCGGGUCAGCUGCUGUUUUCUGCUGAUUUUGCCUCUGCCUUUUUUUGGCCCCAAGUCUUCACUUGUGAAAGCCAGGCUCUUCCAGUUUCCGCAGCUCUUUCUCUUAAAACUGUACCCUCAGCUGGGCUCUAGCUUUCCCUCUAAAGGUGGGACAGAAAUAACCGAAUCUUCUAACUGACAUCGGCCAGCCACCUCCCACUUUAGGUGCCCUGCCUCUGUUAAUAUGGCCCAAAAUGCAGUGAAGAGUUGAGGCCGAGUUACCUGGAAACUCACCCUACCCUUCUGUAAGUGAAUCCCCUGACCCUCACUCACGGGACAACUAAGCCACAUCCCUCUUCUGUGUGUAUUUGGGGACAGGGGCAUUUCUUGUUCAGACUCGGGGGAAGGACCUUGAAUUUUUUUACUUGCUACAUUUUUUCUUAUUGGAUUCAGUCUAGCCUGUGGAGUUUCUCUGCACCCCCAACUGUGUGACCACUGGCUUGCUGUCCCCGCAAUGUCGGGAGCCAGCCCUGUGUUUCUCACCCGAGGCACAGGAACCACCUGGCCUCCCCGUGUCCCAGUGUCGGCCUGUGACCCAGUCCUCCUGGGGUGACGCGUUCUAGUGCAUUUCCCACCCUGUUUUGUCAGAUGCCCCUCUGGGACAUGGGAGCCAGGGAGACAGCGUUAGCCCCCACCCCGGAUCCACUAAGCCCUAAAAGUGAGGUCAGGCUGAUGGGCCCUGUUCUCGGUGACCCCUUGCUGGUCUCUGGUGGCCACUGUACCCUCCGCCAGGUGCGCAGAGCCCUGCCUUUAAUUCUGAUACCAAGCCCUAGGCCGCCGCCCCAAGACCUGCCCAGUCUAGCCUUGGAGCAAAUAGGAUGACAGGGGUAUCUCUGCCUUUGGGCGCCUCUGCCUGACCCUCUCUGGGACCCUCUCAGUUCCCAGCCUGCUCCGUGGUUUUGCUCCUCUGUCCAGUGGGGACCCUUAGGCUGCCCCAGAGCGUCCCGUGCUGUUCAUCGGAGCUGUCGGCGGGGCGAUGUAGCCCGGCAGCCCCCUCGGCGGGACACCCAGGCAGUCCUUCCCUGAGCUCCUUGUUCCACACGAGCUCCCACAGGCUCUCGGCUGUCCCGGGUUUCCUGCAGCCUCAGUCCAUGUGGGCUCUGUGCCAUCCCCCGUCCUGGGCCACCAGCGGCCCCUGUAGGCAGCCAGCUGGUUUCUUGAGAGAGACUCCCUUUCCUCCUCUUGGGCUCACCUGAUCCAAAUCAUGCUGGGGCAUUUGGGGCGGGCCGGGGCACAACCCAGGCCCCCAGGAGCCCCAGUCCUUCUCUCCCAGACUGUUUCAGUUGGAAGGAAGCUCAGAAAUGGGCAUCUGGCCCACUUCCUUUAUUCCCCAGCUGGAAAGCCCAGCUGGGAGAGGGAAGGGAGUGGGGGCACCAUGCCAGCCCCUUCUCUUUGCUGAAUGGCCUCUAGGUCAGGGGUGUGUGAUUUGUCCUAGGAAACUCUUGCCAUCCCCUCCCAUGGUGGGGGGGGACACCUCUUCCACUUGGGGGCCUCACAACCUCCCAAGUCUAACCCAGGCUCUGCUCCCAUUGUGAGCUGCUCCUUGCAAAGAGCUGGUUCCAAGAUACCCACACUCAUGUCCCAGAGGGGGUCCAAGCCAGAGGGAACUCAGACAGCCCCGUGGGCCGGACACGCCUCAUCAGCAAAGCUAGGUCAUUGCUGUGGGCUGCGGCUCACUGCCUGAGGUUCCCAAGGCUCCCUGAGAUGCUAGUGUCCUGCCUGUCCAGCCCCGGACUGGUGUGGAGACACAGAUGAACAAGUUGUAGGGUCCACCUCGAGGGGCUUUCUUCUAGGAGAGGCAUCCACACUCCGACCCAGCUCUGUCCAGAUGUGAGUGGUGGACCCAUUUCCCGGAUGAGGAACCUGAGGCUCAGAGGAAGGAGGCAAGUGCUCAGGGUGUCCCAGCAGAGGCACUCGGAGGCGGAGUGUGGGCUGAGAUAAGCAGGCUCUUCCCACCUGGUGUGGGAGGAGUGCAGCCCUGACUUGGGAGCACAGCAAGUAGCCAGGAGCACUCCCCACCCUGACUGACUGACCAAACGACCAAACCACCGACAGACCUGUCAUCAGUGGUGGCUGGGACAGGAAGCCGAAGGGAAGAAGUCUGGUCCCCAGGAAGAGGCAGGAAGUGUGAGGUGGGCAGGGGGAGUGUUGGAGAAAAACCGGUUCCGUUUCCCUGCUGGGGAAGGUGAGGCUCAGAGAGGGGAAGGAGUCUGGCCCAGGUAACACAGCAUGAGGGGAGAGGCACGGGAAGGUGGGGGCCUGCCCCCAGCCACAGCCUCAUCUGCUGGCUCCAUGGAGCCUCCUGGAGGGCCACGCGGACAGAGGGACGCUGUGUUCCAAAGGUCGGACCGUAGGGCUAGCAGAGCCUGUAGGAGAGGGUCCCACACCAGGGCAUGUUGGGAGGCUUCCUGGGGGGGGGGGAGCCCACCGCUGCAGCAGGGCCCAUGCCAGGCCAGGCCCCUGUCACUGCCCCGGCAGGCAGUGAGGCUGCCUCACCCACCGGGGGAGCCUCGGGGGAGGGGGCUGGCCAGCCCCUGCCAGGCCUGAGCUAGGCAUCACCCGGGUCAGGACCUCACCUCCUGUCCGGGAGGAUCUGGGGCUCGCUCUGCCCUGAGGGGAGGAGGGUCCACAUUCGCACGCGCACACACACUCACACCCGGACUUACACGGAGGCUCGCACACCCACACUCCGGGCACACGAGGCCUGCGGGCUGGGGGAGCAGGGAAGACCCUCCAACGCUUGGCCUUCAGAGGGUGCAGUUUGCAAUGAGCCUGUCUGCCGGCGCCCCCACCCCACCCAGGGCCCCAGGGGGCCCAGCCCGGUGUGGGGACCAGCCACUGGCCAUUCCUCUGUUUUCCUUGUACAGACUCUCACUGCCCACCCGCCAUCCCCAGACACAUUUUAUUUAAUAACUUGUCAUUGUUAAAUUAUUUAUUAGCGUUUACCACAUCACCACCCCCACCCUGCCCUCCACGCUCACCUUCUGCCUCUUCCCACAAAAGCAGAAAAUGCAAACACCAA